GGGGGCGGCGGCGGCGGUGGCGCUGCCGCUGGCGCGCAGCGACAAGCACGUGGUGCUGUCCACCGCCAACCCGGCGCGGCCGCGCGUCGCCUCCAUGCACACCAAGCUCGACCACACCAAGAUCGACACGUCGCUCUACCAGAAGGCGUCGCCGGCGCGCACGCCCAGCGAGCCCGAGGACGCGCGCGGCUCGCUGCACCUGAGCCUGUCGUACGACGCGGCGGCCGGCAUGCUGACGGUGCGCCUGAUCGAGGCGCAGGACCUGCAGGCGCGCGACUUCAGCGGCACCGCCGACCCCUACGCCAAGAUCCGGCUGCUGCCCGACCGCGCCAACGUCUGGCAGACGCGCAUCCACAAGCGCACGCUCAACCCGGCUAAAGAGAUUUUGGGGACUGUGAGGCUGAGGCUGAGGCUGGAGCUGGUGCUGGAGCUGGAGCUGAAGCUGGGGCUGGAUCUGGAGCUGAGGCUGGGCCUGGGGCUGGGGUUGGAUCUGGAGUUGAGGCUGGCAUUGAGGCUGAGGUUGAGGCUGGAGUUGAGACGAGCUGAGACUGGGACUGGGGCUGGGUUUGAAGCAGGGACUGCAGCGGGGUUGGAUUUGAGGCUAAAACUGUGGCUUGGUUGCGCGCAGGCUGAGCUGGGCGACCUGAUGGUGUCGCUGUGCUACCUGCCGUCCGCCGAGCGCCUCACCGUCGUCGUCCUCAAGGGGCGCAACCUGCGCGUCGUCGACGACACACGCUCCUCCUCAGACCCGUUCGUGCGCGUGUCGCUGCUGCAAAACGGCAAGCGCGUCAAGAAGAAGAAGACGGGCGUGCACCGCAACACGGUGUCGCCGGUGUUCAACGAGGCGCUCACCUUCGACGUGUCACGUGACGCGCUGCCGCGCUGCACGCUCGAGUUCUCCGUGCUGCACGAUAGCCUGCUGGGGCCGUCGGAGCUGCUGGGGCGGGCGCUGGUAGGCCCCGGGCCCGACUGCCGGCCCGACGAGCGCGACUUCUUCCGCCGAGGUGCUGGCCAGCAAAGACGGCGACGGCGCAGUGGCUCCCGCUGGCGACGCCUAAUACGUGAAGAUGUGGAUGAUAUUGCACUAAAAAGGGAUUAA